AGCCCCAUUACCGAAGAGAAGGUUCAAAGGAUGAAAGAACAAUUGAUGUCAACCUACGAUGUAACUAAUGAUGGACGGUUGCAAAUACAAGAGCUUGCCAAUAUGAUUUUGACUGAGGAAGACAACUUUCUGCUACUUUUCCAAAGAGAAACUCCUUUGAAUAGCAGCGUGGAGUUCAUGCGGAUUUGGCGCCAUUACGAUGCUGACAGCAGUGGCUUUAUUUCAACCGGUGAACUCCGAGACUUUCUGCAAGAUCUGUUUCAACAGCAGGAAAAAAACGUUUCCGAAGCAAAACUGAAAGAAUAUACGGAUACCAUG